UGUUUAUAGUAAUAUCCGAGACGUACAAUAACAUAACUCUUCGUGUAUAGAUACGCGGAUGCCUCUUUUCUCAGAGAGGGAGACAGGAGCGAGAAAAUUCUUAUUGCAAGCGAAAUCCGAUCUGAAUUUCACAGAAAAUCUGGCUGUUGUGUAGCAAAACACUUCAAUGGUCGAGCAUCCAUCCUUCUUCUACCUGCAUGCAACUAUGCUAGGUUUUUGGGAAACAAAGGGCUGGUUUUGAAAGUCAGACUAGAUUUCACCGUUAGCAGUAUCAGCUGACUUCAUCUGAAAGAUCUGUAAAAUUUCAUCCUGAAUAUGGCAAAUGUCACACGACCAAGUAGGAGAUUGAGAGAUGAAGAUAGUGGCAGCUCGAAGAAGAAACAAAUAGGUGGCAAAUUGAAGGAUGGUAAAAGUUUGCCUGCUUCUGGCUCCACAACAAUGACAUCUGGUUUGAGAAGGUCUUCAAGAGAGACACCUUCAAAGAAAAAGAGGUCAUCAAGUCCUUCGACUACACGAAAGUCUGAAAGACUUGAGAAGCGGAACCCAUUGGCCCCAGUUAAGAGGAAACUAGAACGAGGAGAGAAGCAAAAGAUGCCAAGCUCACCAAGAAGGUCUGAGAGAGGCGAGAAGAAUCGGUCAUUAAGUUCUUCCAGUUUGAAAAAGUCUGAGAGGGGUUCAAGUUCUUUGAAUCCAAAAAAGAAAAAGCAAAAGAAAGAGGAAAAUGUGAAACCAGCACAGCUGGAGACUAAGGAACAGUGCAAAGCAAAGAAGAAGGUUGCUGUUGUUGUAUUGAAGAAAAAAAAGAGAUUAGAUGCACGUGCUUAUAGGUUAUCAUUCAAUGUCCAGACAAAGAAGGCCAAGCAGUCAGAUCUAGGUGAGAACCAAGGAAGAGAGGAUACUUCAUCUCAAAGGGAUAGUACCAAAACUGGAACUAGAGGUUCUAAGAAAGUUGAAGAGGGUAUGCAUGAGUGUAAUGUUAAAAAGGGAGACGAGCCCACUAGUAAGUAUUUAGGUGAAGGAGGUGAAGAAGCUAUGGAAGGAUCUAGUUCUGGUUCGGAAAAGCUUGCUGAUGGGAUAUUGAGAGAUGGUGAUGGGAAAGCGAAAAUUUCUCAACUUAGCAAAAAACGCAAAUUUAGUUUGGUGAUUGAAAAGUCCAAAUGUGGAGAUAAUUCACUACUUCCCAAAUGUAGUGUUGGUUCAUUGCAAUCUUCCCCUGAUAGAGUAACAACCAAAGAAGAAACCUCUGAUGAGGCUGAUGGGCCAGAAUCGGAGAGCGUGUCAACGGAAGACCCACCAGAAGCUAUCAAUGAUGCUGGCAUGGUGGAAUUGGAUUGCUCUGCAAGAGGAGGCUUGCCGUCACGGGCAUAUGAUGUUGACUUGGAACCAGCUUGCGAAGCCGGAGCUUCUAAAAGGAAAAGGAAUGCUUUAGAACUGGAUUCUGAUAUCUCUGUCACAAAAACAAAAGGGAUCUGUUCUCCGGGGGCUUCAUCUGUUGAUCUCAAUGCAUCUUCACCGUCCGGGAGCAAGAUCAAUAAACUUGUUAAGAGAUGUAUGGCUUGUUUUAAGCAGCAAAGUGUGGACUGUGAUUCAGAAAACCAGGAGGUCUGCUCUUGCAAUGCUACAGCAAGUCACGAUUUAUGCGACAACCCUUUAUCUGAGGAUAGAGGGAAACUUGAAGGUAGCGACAACAUAGGAACCAUUGAAGAAUGCGGCAUUAAUGCUCGGCAAAAGGAUUUUUCAUUAGACACUCAAACAGAUAUUGACCGUGACGCAUGUGUUAUUUGCAAGUGUGGUGGAGAGCUCGUAUGUUGUGCUGGAAAAGGUUGCAGCAGGAGCUACCAUCUCUCUUGCCAUGACCCUCCUGUGGAAGAUGUCCCGCUUGGGAUUUGGCACUGUCUGCAUUGUGUGAAGAAGAAGAUGGAGUUUGGUGUACAUUCAAUGUCUGAAGGACUGGAAUCCAUUUGGGAUGCUAGAGAAGCUGAGGCAUCAGAUUGUGACGGAAUGCAGAAGGAGAAGCAAUAUUUUGUCAAGUACAAAGGCCUUGCUCACGUGCAUAACCGCUGGAUCCCAGAAAGCCAACUUCUGCAUGAGGCUCCUCAGCUUAUUACCAAAUACAAUAAAAGGCUCCAAAAAGAGCAGGUUGUAAGAUGGAAAACGGAGUGGACUCUUCCACAGCGUCUUGUGCAGAAACGAUUAGUAAUGACUGCAAAGCAGGCGGAUGAAUACUUUGAUGAGUGUUGUCGUGAUGUUUCAAGUUGCUUUUAUGAGUGGUUCGUGAAAUGGAAAGGUCUUGGUUACGAGCAUGCCACAUGGGAGUUAGAGAAUGCAUCAUUUUUAAACUUGCCGGAAGCUAAGAUGCUUAUGAGAGAUUAUGAAAGUCGUCGUGAAAGGGCAAAGAAAACAUCCAGUCCUUCUAGAGCAGAUCAGGUACUGAAAGAAAGAAAAGUUUCCCUUUCUAAACUGCCAAAGGUGCUAAGUGAGUUUGCAGCUGGACUGGAUAAUGAUCAUCUACAUUCUGUUAAUAAACUUCGUGAAUACUGGCACAAGUACCAAAAUGCCAUUGUCAUUGAUGAGCAGGAACGAAUUAUGAAAGUGAUCCUGUUCAUCAUAUCCAUACAGUCGUAUAUAUGUCGUCCUUUCCUGAUCAUCUCAACUUCCUCUUCUAUUCCUGCAUGGGAAGAUGAGCUGUUGCAUUUAGCCCCAUCUUUCAAUUUUGUAGUUUACAGUGGGAAUAAGGAUGUCCGUAAGUGCAUUCGGUCACUGGAGUUCUAUGAAAAUGGUGGCUGUGUAAUGUUUCAAGUACUUCUAUCACAUCCUGAUGCUGUUGUUGAGGACUUAGAAGUGCUGAAUUGCCUAGGAUGGGAAGCAAUAAUAGUUGAUGAAUGUCAGCUUCCUACAGUAUCAAAACAUUUUGAAAAAAUUGGGACGCUUAUAUCUGAUUUUAGGCUGCUGCUCAUCAGUGGUCAAAUGAAGGAUAGCAUACCUGAGUACCGCAAGUUUCUGGCCUUUCUGGAUUCAAGGGGGAGUGGGGUUUGUGGUGAUAGUUUGAAGAACGACUCUAAUGAUAGUACUGGGGAACUUGCUGCAUUGAAGGAUAGGUUUUCACGGUAUCUGUUAUAUGAACGGAAGUCGGAUUCCUCGAAGUUUGUUGAGUAUUGGGUACCUGUACGGCUCUCCAUGGUGCAGCUUGAACAGUAUUGCGCUACUCUACUGGCAAAUUCUAUUUCCCUUUGCUCAUGUUCAAAGACUGAUCCUGUUGGUGCUCUUCGCGAUAUUCUUAUUUCUACCAGGAAGUGCUGUGACCAUCCCUACCUUGUCGACCCAUCUUUGCAAAUUGUUCUGACUAAAGGUCAUGCAGAGGUUGAGUAUUUGGAUAUUGGAGUGAAUGCUAGCGGCAAGCUACAACUUCUUGACAAAAUUCUUCCGGACAUUAAAAACCGAGGGCUAAGAGUACUCAUCCUUUUUCAGUCCAUUGGUGGAUCGGGACGGAAUUCUAUUGGGGAUAUUUUGGAUGAUUAUAUGCGUCAAAGAUUUGGUCCUGAUUCCUAUGAAAGAAUUGAUAGUGGAUUGGUCUCAUCAAGGAGACAAGCUGCCUUAAGCAUGUUCAAUAAUAAGGAGAGAGGGAGGUUUGUGUUUCUAAUUGAAAAUCGUGCUUGCCAUCCAAGCAUUAAACUUUCAUCAGUGGAUACCAUUAUCAUCUUUGAUAGCGAUUGGAACCCAUCGAAUGAUUUAAGGGCACUGCAGAAGAUCAACUUUGAUUCACAGUUUAAACAGUUAAAAGUCUUUAGGCUAUAUUCGUCUUAUACUGUGGAAGAAAAAGUUCUGAUUUUCGCGAAGCAAGAUGUGACGUUUGACAGCAAUAUACAAAAUAUAAACCGUAGUACUAGUCACAUGCUGCUCAUUUGGGGUGCUGCCUACCUAUUUAAUAGGCUUGACGAGUUUCAUCAUGGUCAUAGGCCAUGCUUAGGCUCAAACACCUCCUCUGAGCAGUCACUCUUGAAUGAUGUAGUGUCAGAGCUGUUGGCUCAACUACCACAUGAGGUUAAAAACAAUGAUACAAGCAACUGCUCGAUCAUUUUAAAAGCAAAACAGAGCGGAGCAGCCUAUUCUAGAAAUAUUUCUUUGCUAGGUGAGUUGGAGUUGCAGUUGACAGAUGAAGAGCAACCUCAUGCCUUUUGGAAAAAAUUACUCGAAGGUAGGAUUCCUAAGUGGAGAUAUCUGACUGGUUCAUCUCAGAGGGCCCGAAAAAGAGUUCAAUAUUUUGAUGAUUUACCAGAGAAACCAGGAGCAGGCAAUGAUGAAGUUAGGAAGAAGCGAAAGAAAGUGGCCUCCCUUGACUCACUUUCUCCCCAGCCUUGGGUGGAAGACCAAAGAAAAGAAGUUGCCUCCGGUGAGGAAACUAGACCAGCUGAUGUUUCUACUACCUCUAAUCAAUCAUGUUUUAUUUCUCUAAAGAAAUCACAAAAUUGUCCAAGUGAAUUAAAUAAGGAAUCAGGAGCAUCUGGAUCUCAAACUGAUUAUGGAUCACACUAUUUGUCAAGAUCACUGCCUAAUAUGAAUCAUCCAGCUCAUGGUUCACGGAUUCCUCCUGUGAGUCCCAAAAUUGUAGAAUCACCUGAAGUUAAUAUGGUUGAAUCUGAGGGAAGAAGAAAGUUACGUGAUGAACAAAAAAGCCUUCAUUUCUUAUUGAAGCCAGAGAUAUCGAAACUAUGUGAAACUCUGCAACUUCCAGAGGAUGUCAAGCAUAUGGCUAGAAGGUUUCUUGAAUAUAUAAUGAAUAAUCAUCGCGUUAUUAGAGAACCAGAGACCAUAUUAAAGGCUUUUCAGAUAUCUCUGUGUUGGGCGGCAGCUUCUUUCUUGAAACACAAGGUGGAUCACAAGGAAUCACUUGCACUUGUAAAACAGCUGUUGAAGUUUGAGUGCAAGGAGGAGGAGGCUGAACAGGUUUAUAUGAAAUUAAGGAAGCUGAAGAAAAAGAUUUUACCGCAAAUGAGUUCAGGGAAAUCCAACAUGUCAAAUUCUCAAGGCCAGUCUUCUACACCAAGAAAUGAUGAUGUUGCAAGACAUCCAUUUCAUACUAAGACUUUGGGAUCUAUGGCUUCUCAUCAGAAAGGGGUGGAAGGAGAGGCACACGCGAUAUCUCCAAGUAGUAACUUAUUCAAGCAACAACUCUCUGUUGAGGAGGCACCUUACCACGAGCUAGGCAAUGCAGGGAUUAAUGAACAAUAUCGUAAUAUGCACCCUCCUCACCUUGGUGAAAACGGGUCCCAGGGAACUGAAUUUACCAAGAAAUGUAUUAGGCGAAUUGAGAAAGUUUGUGGCAUGAGGACCAAGGAGAUCCUAUCGAAGCAACAAGAAGAAAUUGCAGAAUUCAAGAAAUUUUGGGACAUGGAAAGGGAAAAGCUGAAUAAAGCACGCUUGUUGGAAUCAGAUCAUGUUCGUGCUAUGCAUAAAGGUCAUUCAGUUAAGUCAGACAAACUGAAGAAAAUAGAUGAUAAUUUUGCGAGAGAAAUGGAUAAACUUUCAAAGUGCAUGGAUUAUUACCAGAGAAUCCUUGUAGAAAUGCAGCGGGAGGCAAGGAAUCGGGAGAAGCGGAUAAAGGCCCGCUGGUUGGAAGAUGCAAAAUCAGGAAGGUUGUCAGAGUCUUUCUUUAAUCUUCCGUUGUCUGAAUCAGGAUUGAGGCUGAAGAGAAUGGAGACCUGGCAACGAAGCAUGGUUCGUGAUGGUUCAGGUAAGUUGAUGUCUGGUCCGUCUUCAGUGCGACAUAAUGUUAAUGAUGUUGUAUCGGAACCAGUGAAAUUGGCAGCGGUGAGUAGAAUAUCAGCCGAAGCUCCAGUGGUAUUGACAGCUUUGAGCGGAAUGUCAGCUGAAGCUCCUGUGAUAGUUCAGAACGAAGUGGCAGGGAGAAUGCCUCCUCAGAAUGAAGUAGCAGGGAGUAUGCCUCCAGGAACAAUAACACUUGCUGAGCACUCCAGUAGCAUGAAUGUAGUUAGCAAUGGCAUUGACAGUGGCAGGGAUGACAAUGUUGCCUUGGAAGGAGGAGAGGCUACCACUGUCCAGCAGCACUGUAGGGCAUACGAUUCUAAUGGUGCACAUUCGGUAUCUUCCCCUCAGCUGUGUCAGGCUGAAUUACCUUAUUUAGAUCAGCCUUGCACAAGUCCUGACCAUGAUAAUUCUGAUGGUGGAGUCGUGCAGCACAGUAGGGUGUACAAUUCUGUUGAUGCAUGUCCGAUAUCUUCCCAACAUAGUCGGGGUGAGCUCCUUCCUUUAGAUCAGCCUCAAGUGAGUCCAGGCCAUGACAAUUCUGGUGCUGCUGGAGUUAGUGCAGAUAAUUAUGAUUUUGCAAAUUUAAUAGCUUCUCCCCAGCAGAAUCGGAUAGAGUUGCCUUCUUUAGAUCAUUCCAGCAUGAGUCCUGGCCAUCCUAAUUCGUGGCCAUCUUAUCAGGUGCCCUCAGUUGAUCAUAAUCAACCAUCCAUAUCUUCCAGAGGGGAGCAGGAACACGUACCCAGUUGUGAAGGGCAGAACUCUCCUCAUCAAAUUGAGGUUUCACCACCACAAACUGCUGAUCCAGCAUCACCACUAGUGGAGCAAUGUAAUGAUAGUGUCUCAGUCCUGCAGCCUGUUGUGCGGCUACAGCUUCCAACAUCUACAGAUGUACCUCUUACCGAACAAAUUCAACCGGAUGCAUCUGCUGCUAAUGGAAGCGAACGUGAGCCACGACAUGAAGGCCUCCAUUCCUCCCAACAAACAGAAGUCGCGUUGCAGCAGCCGGAUGAGGCUUUACAUCCACAAACUGAUCAAUUUAGUCGUUUGGUCGCUCAGUCUGUCACACAGUUGCCCAUUUACCCAGACUUGCCUUAUGGAGGAAUGCCUGUGUUAGAUCCUCGAGUUGCUGGAAUGCCACUUGAAUCCACCAUACGGCCCCCACAUUCUUUUCCCAUGACAACUCAGCGGUCUCAAGUGCUCUACCUUGACCCUCUUCAAAACGAGCUGUCAAGAUUACGCAGAGAAGAGGAGCAAACCGUCAAGAUGCAUGAAGAUGUGAACAAUCGGCUGAAAGCUGAUUGCGAGAGAGAGCUUGAAGAGGUGCGUAGGAAGUACAAUGGUUUAGUUCAGAAUUCAGAUAAGAUAUUUGCGGAGAGAAUGAAGAAGCUUGAGACAUACAUGUACAAGGUGUCUAUGAACCAGAGGUUGGCAGAGGCAUUCAGGUUGAAAUGCAUUGAUGUCAAGCUGAGGUCGAUGCAACCAAGCCGAGUGCUGCCUUCUACUUCCGGCAUCCAGCAGUUUCCCAUGCAAUCCUCGCCACAAACUGCACAGAGGCCCCUCCAUCCGUCAGCCCCACCUGUACAGGUCGUCCACCGCCCUUCUGCACUUUUCUCAAGCAAUUCAGCUACUGCACCCCACUUCAGCCCUACAGUUUCUCCUCGAGUCAACAUCCAACUCAGCACCGAACUGCGGGCCCCAGCCCCACACCUCCAGCCCUUUAGGCCUACGUCCGUUUCAAUGUCCAGUCAUCUGCCUCCUACCAGCGGGAUGCCGAGUCAGCAAUCUAUUGCUAAUUCUGUCACUGCACCACCCCAACCCCCACAGCUUCCACAUGUCCCCCAAUCUGUUCCUUCAGGAGUGUUCAGUGGGACCCACUUGCGCGACAGUUCUGGUGCAUUGCCAGCUUUUCACAACUCUUUAUCAGCAGUUGAGCUACUCAUGGACUUUGAUCGCCGCUCCGGGGCAAACUUACAAAACCUAUCUGACCUGAGCUUAUCAUUCGACACAUUGCUCCCAUCAAACCCAUCAACUGGCAGUGGACGGGGCACUGCUGGUGCAUCUACUGCUCGCCCCCAAGCAGCUGUGGACAUUGUUUGCCUGUCGGAUGAUGAUUGAAAGCGCCGAGUGAUGCUUCUUGAUGGUGGUGUUUACAGUCAGAGAUGACAGUGGACGGGGCGCUGUUGGGGAUGCAGCUCCUGCAGAAUGUGUACGGUGGCUGGUCUAGCUAGCCAACAAGAUGAUUGGAAGGAUGGGAUGGUGCUUCUCGAAGGUGGCAUUUGUUCAUAAUCGGAGAUGACAGGGGCCUUUUGUAAUAUAUUGUAAUCUUGCAAAAAUAUAACUAAUUCAUUCUGCUAGUGUGCCCUGAAAUUUUGUCAUGAUAGUCUUCUCCAGAGGCUACGGCGAGCACAUCCAAGUGAAUUUAGCUACUGAUGCAGAUCUCUAGUUGAAUUUUGUGGGAAUUUAUGGUUGUAUUCGAAGGCACAAAAAUGAUGUAACUGAUCACAGUAUUUUCUAAUUGGAAAUAUUAAUUGUGGUAGGAAAUGUUGGAAAUGCA